UUCAACCGAUGUAUGAGGACCGACAUCAACCUGCGCCGGUCCGUCUCCUCUCCUCUCACCGUAAACCCUACUCCAAAAAAAAACCCCCACCGAUUUUACAACACAGCAAGACGAACAGCUCUCCCGUUGCUAUGGCGAUGUCAACAUUUCAGAAGGUGACCCUAGCGACGUGUCUCUUGCUGUGCGUCGCUCUGCUGCUUCCCAAAAUGCUGUUAUCCCGGGGAAGGAAGGAUGCUGCUGAGGGUUCAGGUCACCUCCCUCCCAUGAUGCACCGUCAGCUGGCUCCUGACGGUCGAGGACAAAAGGCGGCAGGCUCCGGUUUCUCCAGAGCUCAUAACACCGAGGCCAUCGCCAGGGCCAAGGGAGCAGGAACGGGGGCCGGAACCGGGGGCAAAUCCAACCUGGCAGGACAGAUCAUCCCUGUGUACGGCUUCGGGAUCUUACUCUACAUCCUCUACAUCCUGUUCAAGAUCACAUCGAAGGGGAACAACAAACCGUGUGAGAGCAGAUUUCCUUCAGUGCGCUCGGAGAACACGAAGAGAAAGAUCACUGACUUCGAGCUGGCUCAGCUUCAGGACAGACUUCAGGAAACCGAGCUGGUGAUGGAGAAUAUCGUCUCCAACGUCCAGCAUAGCCCUGACAGGGUGAAGGGUGUCAUGGCAGAUCAGGAGGAGAGCCUCCUGCAGCAGCUGACAGAGAUCACUCGGGUGAUGCAGGAGGGAAAGAUGGUAGAUGACGUGGCACCACAGAAGAAGAACCAGGACGACUGGGAAGGCUCUACAGAUUAUGGCGAGGAGACUCAGCAGUACUGGGAUCACUCCGACUGCUGCUGUCAGCAUCAGCACAGUCCACAGCCGGAGAGCGACGCUGAGAGGACUCGAGCUGACGGAGCCGAGCGGGAUAACGUCUCUGAGGACGUCACACGAGGAGGAGAGGCAGAAGAGUCAGAGAAUGUGAAGGAAGAAGCGGUGAAAGAAUCCGAUGUCGCCGUGAUGGAGGAGGAUGUGGCUCCAGAGAGUUGUUUAAGUGGAAGUUUAGAUCUGCACGAACACACUGAGAGAGGGGGGGGUCAGAUCGAUCUGGGUGUCGAGGAGGAGGACCUGGUUGGAGUCCUGCAGGAGCUGGAGAUCACCCUGAAGAUGACGACUGCGAUGGAGCAGGAGAAGAUGGAGGACCUGAGCAAGUCGAGGGACACGGAAACGUCCGGCAGCACGGUCAGACGGAGGAACAGGAGGAGGAGAGCCAAGAAGGCCUCGCUCUGAUUUAAACAUGGCUGCUUAUAAACUCUCGAGUCCGGCGUUUGAGAAGACAGCUUGUUUUAUUUAUUUUUCUCAGCCUUGUUUGUUUCUAUUUCAUUCUAACAUUGAAAUUAAUCUUUAUUUGUACAGUGCCAAGUUAUAACAAAUUAUCUCAAGGCGCUUUACACAAAGCAGGUAAAAGACCUUACUCAUUGUUAUGUUUCAAAAGAAAUGGGAUGGGGGGGAGACGGGAUAAUAUGCAGGAAGGAUUUCUCCUUUGUAUUCCUCUGGUUCAUGUUGUCCACACUUUCUUGCCGCUGACAUGGAGGUCGGAGCAGGCUGUGUGUGAAUGAAGACGGCCGUGGUUGUAUGGACGACACAGUCUGAUGGUGGAGGCUGGGCGUCAGGGACGUCGAGUGGCAAGUAGAGCCCGAUCACCUCUUUGAAGUGAAUAAGAGACGUGAUCACAGUGAAGUUUGAUUGUGCUCACAUCAGCUUUAUCCGUGUGUUAAAAAAGAUAACAUGGACAUGGACGUAGUCUCAGCGAUGUCACCUGUUGGUUUCUGAAGAGGCGUUUUGAAGCCCAAAGUUGAAGUUUUGCUCAGCUUUUGCAGACAGCCUCAAGUGGACACUCAAGGAACUGCAGUUUUAUUUCUGGAGAAAAAGCUUUGCUGUCGAUUUAAGAAACUCACUGUCCUCUGAAUAUCUGUCUACCUAACGUAUAUGCAAACUAAGUUUUAUGAAUUUAAACUUACAUUUUAGAGUCUUCCAGGAUGCUCUAGGAGAAGGUUUGAUUUAAAAAAAAAUGUUCUUCAAAGGAUGGAACAAGUUAUAGAGUUAUUGGUGGGUUGUUCAUUAUGUUAUCCAGUAAAUUAUUUUUAAAGCGUUGAAAUAAAUGUUGUUUUGAAAUGCAUGACGCGUGGGAAUUAGGUCGCUUCAAAAUAAAUUAAAUGUUCAGUUAUCGAGACACUUUUAGGAGAUUCUGAUUUAGUUUGAUCACGUCCACAUUAGUUUAACUUCCCAGUAUGAAUCUUCUCACCUGUCAGAAUAUUUAUUAAACGUAUAAAAACGCUGCUCUUGAGUUUAUGUCAUGUUCAAGUUUUAAAUGUUUAAAUAAGAAUUGUGAAAAUGGAAGGAGACUUUUUGGACAUGAGCUGGUCCCCUUCAUCUUCCUCUCUGUGUGCAUCGACAUUUGCCUUUGUUGCUUUUAUCUUAAGCUUCUAACACACCUGCUGUCUUGUACUCUAAAUGAUUUUAAGGUUUCCACUUUAGUAAACUAUUUAUUUACCGUUCAGAAAAGUAUUCUGGGGAUGCACAUCAGUGAUUCAAAUAUUGUGAUUAUGAAUAAAAUGCUUUUCAUUCUCAA